AUGAGGAAUGAUGAUGAGCUGAGCAAGCUUUUUCUGUCCCACGAAUUCUUGCAACUCUCCUCCAAUGUCCUGGAUAGACCCUACUGCUACAAAAAUGAGUUGGCCAUGCUGUUUACGGUGGAGGAAGAGGAGGAGUAUGAGAGGGUGAUGGAGGCAGAGAGGGAGAUGGAGAGGCAGAGGGCGAAGAGCCACCGUAGCACCUGGGAACGCUCUAGUGGCAGCAAGGCUGGGCGGUUCGGUGGCUUCGAAGAUAAAACGACAUUAAGUCCUCUCCAAUUUACGCACUGCACACCCGGUAUCCUUCUGCCCCGUGCCGCUGUCACUGAAAGAACGUUGCAAAUCUACUCAUUCAAACUUGUUGGACUAACGGAGCAGCUGAAGUGGCCACUCUCUGUUUAUGGCGUGGUUGCUGCCCGAGACACCGUAGACCGCAACCGCAACCUUCUCUUCUCUCGGUCGAGGAUCAGGGGUCAAUUACUCUCUGGACAUGACUCUUAUCUGCGCUUGACUGGCCCGUCUCGAGCAAUUCUAGUUGGGGAUUAUGUUGACUUUGAAGUUGAACUAAAAGUACGUGAUGGAGAUGAUGAGCACAAUGAUACACAGUUGAUGUGUGUUAGCAAGCGGUAUAAAGAAGCAGACGGCGACGGUGAGCAACCUUUACUCUUCGAUAGCCCAUUCUGUACUGCGGAGUUGAGGUUUGAGCUUUUUCCUACGACGGUCCAGCUCACUGUAUUGUCCGUUCGUGUUGUUGGAGGGGAGUUCCCUUUUAGCUCUGGGGGUCAGGUUGCUUGUAUUGUUUCUGGCCGUGAGAGGGUUGUGCUGUUUGAUUCUACUGAAAAAAUUACUAGAGAAGACGAAGUAGUUUUGGAUGGUUAUGUUCCUUUGUCAAGAAACGCCAUUUCAGUAGAGUUUGAAAAAGGAGUGACUGUUGAGGUAACAGCCUAUGUUGAUUCUGGUUCUAUCUCUGAUCUUGUCCACUUCCCUUCCAAGUGGUGCAACAUUAGUCAGGAUAGAUGUUUCAUCUGUGGUUCUGAGGUGGAGAUUACCGUUGCAUGGUCCCAGGUUGUGAGAGACAAGAUGGAGAUGUUGCUGGAGGGAUACGCUACCCAGGUGUAGUGUGCUAUCUGUAAUCAGGAGUGGUAAUUGUAUGUCGGCAAGUAUCAACUGUAUAUAUUAUUAUUUUGUAUGUUGCCUCUAUAUUUUGUAUGUCGGCAAGUAGUAUGUAUGAAGUCUAUAUUACUCCCUCUGUUCACUUUUAUAAGACCUUGAAGACAUUUCAGACAAUAUACAAAACAGUCCAUUUUGAGUUAUCUAAAAUGACUUACAAAAGUGAACGGAGAGAGUAUAUUAUUUGACUCUUAUGUGUUAAUGAGCAGUCGUGUUAUGUGAAAUAUUCAGGAAGUAGCCUUGAAAGCCAAGUUUGCUUGUA